AUGUCGCAGCUUCUCGAGGAGCAGGUGAUCCAGCUAGAGGGUCGUAUUGCUGAGCUCGAGAGUGCUGCCGCUCCUUUAAUUCUGCACGAUCCUUAUGAAUCCUGGCGCCAGUCGCAGGCCGCACAACGGGUGGCACAACCUGCGCAGCCUCAAAACGAACAUCUUCAUUCGUUGAUGCGACACUUCUUCAAGUACGCCUCUGAAGCAGGCUUCUUCUUGAACGUCGCUCGUUUUCUACAGUAUAUCUCUUCCUUUCGGUCCUCCAGACAUCCCUAUCACGUCUCCGCCUUACUGAACAUAAUCUAUCUUUUGGGUGCUCAAUUUUCAGGAAAUAUCCAGUCUCAAUCUCAGCAAUCCGGCUUCCUGUCGCGCGCUCUGGAGGCCAUCCCAUCCGCAAUGUCCGACACUAGUUCACCGUCUAUCAUAUAUGUUCUCCAAACGGAGAUUCUCUUAACGCACUACUUUUUCGACAACAAUCGCUCUACGGAAGGUAAUUAUCACCUGAAGGCAGCUGCAUCGAUUGCACUGGCUUGUAAGCUGCAUCAGAUCCGAACAUCACGACCUUCGACCACUGCCUCGGGCGGUCUCUGGUACCGUCUGAACCCGCCAGCCGACCGUGUCGAGGAAGGAGAAAGAAUCAAUGCAUUCUGGACUGUUUACAUUUUGGACAAGUGCUGGGGUGUGCUAUUGGGCUCUCCAUCGGUAUUUACCGACGACGAAUCAAAAGGCACACAGAUUGACGUUCCUUGGCCGCUGGACAUGGGCGGAUACGAGAGUGAACCGUCACCUGCAGGCUGGCGAUCUACCCGCACUGUACAGUUAUUCUUGCAGAACCCCGGACCCGAGACCGCCGAGCAGAGUAUACUUGCGUUGCAUGCAAAGGCUGUGUCACUGUUUGUUUCCGCCAAUGAUCUUGCUUUACGUUGGAACCCUGCCAGCUCCACAUUUCAAGCUAGCUUCAACCACCUCAGCAAUCGCAUUGAAAAAUUUAGAAAGGCCCUCCCUUCAAUAUCUCAUAUUGACGCCGCGCGCGUGGAUGUUGUCCGGAGCCUGGUGACCAUCCACAUUCUGACCUGUUGUACACUCAUCAAGCUUUAUGAACCCAUGGAGCUUCGAGUGGCCUCCUCUAGUGGAAUGUCUUGGAAUGCCGCUCAGUACGCUUUAAGUGCACUGCAAAAGCUCAACUUGAGCGUGAUUCAGUAUAUCAACCCUGUUGUGCUCCUGAUUAUUGUUUCGAAUGUGUUUGUCUGUGGCAUCAUCACUGCCAGAGCUCAGAAUGCUAUCAACACUUCCAAUUUAUCGACGUUGCUCGCGCCCCUCGGUCAAAUUUUGUUUGCGCUAGACAAGUGGCGGUCCAAAUCCCCGCUGUCCGGUCGUCAACGAUCUAUCCUCGAGCGCACAUCCGCCACCCUAUAA